CUCCAGUCGAUACACCAAAGCUAUCAAUCGAACAUCUUUCUAUUGACUCAAGGGCGAAUUAUCCAUCUAACCUGCUCGAAACCCAUUCGUGGCGAGCAGGCGCAAGCAUGUCUCAGUCAAAGGGUAACCGCCCUUUGCGUGACCAAGAUAAACUGUCGCAUUUGCAAAACAAAAGUCAACUAGACUCGGGAUUCGAUGAAGACCAAAAGAAACUAUUCUUGGACCUCAUGGCGGGAAGGCCUGUUGAUAUGGAUGGCUAUAGCGACGAGGUACUAGCUGCCGAGGACUAUGAAGGGAGAAACCUCUUGUAUCGAAUUAUAUUUCAACUGAAGAGGAAGAAGAAGGAGAAAAACGACAUCGUCUCUCCAAGCAUACUCGCCCUUGUCGAUCGAAUAGUAACCAUCGAACCUGAAAUUCUCACUCAGGACAUCGGAAACGGCACGUUACUUACCGAAGCUGCAGAUUCCAGGCCUGAUAUCUUUUUCCGACUGCUCGAUCUCCUAUUACCUGAUCAACUGCGUACUUGUCUAGAUAUAUCCGGUAAUGAGUGCGACCAAAACUGCUCCUUGGCACCUUUUCGUGAGCACGUCCUCAUCCAAAAAUAUCAUCGGCACAGGAUCAGCCCAUCGUCUGAGCUGGAUGAUAAGAAAGUCAAUGAUCAGGAUGAAAUGGCAAAGGUUACAGAGAUUGCAAAUGACAACGAAGCUGCAUGUCUACAUUAUGAGAUCGAUAUGGACAAGGUCAAAAAAAUGGACUCAAGGUUGAGAACAGUAAUCCUAGGGUCUCCAGAGAAGCUGCGCGACUGUCUACGUUUGCUCAUACGGGCAGACAAUCUUGACCCUGGGUCAAAUGUGACCGCUCCUCCGGUGAUUCCUUUGCAGAGUUUCAAGCGAUUUCUCCCAUUGUGCGCCUCGACUACUUUCGAGAGUGCAGUAUCAGAAGGGUUAAGCCCACUUCAACUCGCAGUUCAACUGUUCAGAGAAUCCAAAGUUGAUUACACCCAUCUGUUUCUGAUUGUUGAAUCAUUGGUGGAGAUAUCACCUACCUCAAUAUACUUCAGUGCUGGAGAUAAUGCCGGAAGGGAUAAGGGAAAAACAGCCUAUCGUAUGCUGGGGGAGCUAGGCCUGAAGACCGGUGUGAACGAACCUGUCGAAAGGAAGAAUUCUCGCCUGAAAGCAGUGGAACUACUAAAGGAGACUUGUAUUGGUCUUCCGCAGGAAGACUUGGACAAGAAACUCAAAUAUCUCUACUCAGAUAAUGAAGAAGGUUCAAAGCGAAUAGGUCUCAACUUGCUCAGUGAGACUGAAAGGAUUGACAAAGACUACGUAUCAAAAGUGAGGAAUAGAUCGAAAAUGCAUUUCGAGACCAUCCUGGCUUCGGUACGGCUACCAUACUGGAAUCCACAACAUCGAACAACUUUUCCGCUCAGUAUUUUCGAGUACCAAGCGGGGGAAAUUACUAAUACCUUAGCUCCAGCUGUUGACCCAUACGUUGGAAUCUUUGACUGGUUAAGAAGCCGAGGUGUGGGGAAGAUCUUCACGGUGGAAGUCGACGAUAUGGGCACGGAACCACACAGCAAUGCUGCGAUACGGGACUGUCUCAGGCCUGAGGUGUCGAAAGGAUCAUACAAAGACUUGAACAUUGAGGUUUUCAAUUGGAAGAAACAUGAUAUCUGCAGCCACACCGUGCUUGCCGCCGCUCCAAACGCGAGGGAAGUCUACCUGUAUUCUUCUGGGAAUACAGCCGUGCUCCGGGGUUGGGCACAUAGUUCGGAUUUCGGGCAGAUGAAAAACCUUGAAAAGAUAUACAUCAAAAUAUACGCUACAAAUGCAAGUGACUUGAAAGAUUGCGAGGACUUUAAAGAUGACUUCAAAUGCGCUCUUGCAAGAAAUUGCAUGCGGCUCAAAAAGGAUGACAUUGAGAUAAGCCUUCCCGACCCACAAUCCAGCCAGGAUGGGGGCGGCAUGAAUGAGAGUAGAGCCGAAAAUGACCCCAUUGACGACGAUGACGGCUUCCUUGUCCAAAACUCAUUGAGUCCCGAUGAUUGGAUUAAUGGGCUGGCUCAUUUCAAACAAUUCGUACAGGACAUGGCCAACAAGAUAACAGACGAGAAAAAGCGACCAACCGUUCGAGUGGCAAUUUUGGAUGACGGGGUCUCGUUGCGCAGCUUGGCAGGAAAUGAUGAGACUGGAAAGUCCUUCCGAGGCGAUAAGGUGGAGUAUUGGGUAGGUUCUUGUAGCCAUGGCACACAAAUGAUGCAAUGCAUCCGGAAGUUAUGUCCAAUGGCCCAGCUGUACAUUGGCCGGCUCGACGAUUCUCGGCAGGCCGAGUAUCAGAAAUUUACGACUGAUUCGUGUGCAAGAGCACUUGAAUGGGCGGGAAGGGAAGCAGACAUUAUCUCAAUGAGCUGGUCAUUCAAGAAGAAGGGAGAACGCAGAGAUGAAGGCGAAGACAAGUUCAAUGGGCUACUGAAGACAAUAUCCGAAGGCAGAGAUGCUGUAAUUUUCGCAUCUCUUCCCGAUAAGGGAGCUAACGCCAACAUUCUGGAGUAUCUGCCUGUUGGACAUGAGAAGAGUGGCGUGAUCAAGAUUGGCUCAACCAACAGAUUUGGCGCCGAAGCACCGGAAAAUAUUCUUGCGAAAAGGGACUUUCUUCUGCCCGGCGAGGAGAUCGAAAUCUCGCCAGGAGAAAAAGAAUAUGGAAGCUCAUACGCUACAGCCUUUGCUGCAGGUCUGGCGGCUUUGAUGCUCUACUGCCUCAAGGUUCAUCAAGCUCUCGAGGAAGAUUAUAAUGAUCGCAAGAGCCCGCUAGCCUUAAAUCUUAGCAAUGAAGACCUUGUGAAACGGGUGAAAGAGGCCAGGACUUUGGAGGGAAUGAAGAGCAUAUUAAAGGUUCUGAGCGUAAAAUCAGCUACCGCCCAAAUUCCGGACAAGGGCUUUUUCCUCAGACCUUCUGUUGUCCUUGGGAAAAGGUUUGGCGAUAACGAUGGGCAGCAGAUUUCUAAAUUGCGGGAAAUAUGUUCAAAGAUUCUGCCUCUGGGGGAGAACAUUGCGUAA